AAAAAACUCCUUUCAGCUUCGAAGCUCGACGAGCUACAACCAACUACCGCAAGAAACAGAUGUUCAGUUUAUUUCGCCCAGAUACAUACAUGAACCAGAAAUGGAAGAAUUUAAAGUAAAUAUCAAAGUAUUCAGAAAUACAGGAAAUGAUAAAAAAAGCCUUCAGAACACCGUCCAAAGUUUCAUUCAAAGUACCAACAGUGGUCAUGAAAUUGCAGUAGUUCAGUCGAUUGAAGGAGAUGGAAGACCUAUUCUUGAAGAGUUCUUCGACAAUCUGGGGUUCAAACUGAAUCGCAACCGUUCAGCAGAAGAGAAUUUGUCCAGGGAAGACUUCCUCGAGCGAGCAAACACCAUGCAAGCAAUCAUGCCAGAGUUGACAUUUCGAUUAUACAACUGUGACAAGAUGUAUGACCUUGAUAAAGUCGAAGCUCUCAUCACGAAAGUCACAACGAGGAUGUCUCAAGAAGUCAAGAUAGAGAAGACGUACUUCCCGCUUCCAGAGAUGCAUAAGUUGUGCAGAAAGCUUGAAGAAGAGGGAAAACAUAGAGGUUACGCCGUGUUUGUCGUACAUGCUGACGAACCGGGUCUCGUCAUCAACAGCGAUUCGUCUGCCGCAGGAUAUUCCAAGCUUUAUCGCACACUAGCACGAUUAUCAGGUGAUCGAGUGCUGAUCGUGAUUGGUGGAGAUGAUGGCUACAAAGACCAAGGAGAGCGUGACAAGUCAGUUCUGUCACGCCAGGUACUCAACAAAGUCCGUCCUCAGUUUAAAGCGAAAUACUUGAACGGAAUGAAAAGUUUCGUGUUCUCUUGGGAUGAAAGUCACUAUCCCAUUCACGAAGAGGCGCUAGAGUUUUAUCUGGAUCCACAGAAACAGGGACAAGAAUUUGUUCCUGGCUCCAAAACUGAGCCGCCAAGUUUGGCGUUACCAAAAGGUGAUGAGAGAAAAAGUACUCCGCCAACCGAAGUAGCACAUCAAGAGAAGGACACACCUAAUACAACAUCAAACAAAGCCCAAGCUGCAUGCAAAUCACCUGAAUUCCACGUGUUGUCUUUCCAUUCAAAAAAGGAAACUGUAUCCACUGUGGAAAACUUUCUGUCAGACGUUUCCAAAAAGCUUAACGUUGCAUGCAAAUCGAGCUCUCCUUAUUUACUUCCAAGUGAUUUUCCACAGCACAUCGAGAAGAACAUGCCUCAGUAUGUGGUCCUGGUCUCUGAAAUGAAUGACUUUAAGAACAUACGACACAUAGAUAGUUGGGUACAACUUUAUCAAGAUAUCUUCAAAAGCAUCUCGAUCACUGACAAAACCCUGGUCUUCGUGGUGUGCGGUGACCCGGUCAGCAAAGAUGGUAGUUUGAGUUCUGAUUUUAUUCAAGAGCAAUUCUCCUCUCUCAACUCAGCUAUUCUGCCUCCAAGCAAGGUACUUGUGAUGUCAUGGGACGCCAAGCCUUGUUCUCUCCACCAAGAUGCGUUACUCCAGCUUCUCAACCCUCACCAUGAAAAGAAAUCAAGAACCUCCGAGAAACACGAUGAAUCAUGUCCAGCAGAUGCUGAGAUAGAUCCCGUUAAGGGUCGUCUGCGUUACAAAGCGAGGAUAAGAUAUGGACGAGUCGUUGAAGUACUGGAGUCAGAUCCUCCUGGAUGGAAACCAGAAGAAUCGAUGCUGAAGCAACAACUUGAGAGAAAUAAGGAUUUGAUCAGAGGAUUUCUCGAGUUCUGGGAAAAUAGAAAAGGAAACAUCACGGCAGUUGUUGGGCGUCCUGACCCCUUAUCGAAUGUGUUAGGCUUUUAUGGGAAGCGGGCUUUUAAAGGCUUGUGGCAAGAACAGACGUAAACUAACCUCUUAUUAUGAAAAGACUCGUUUAUAUAGUUAGGAUCCAAACCCUGUCACCUAAAGAAGGGACAAAACGGAAACUAUUUGUAAACCAAUAAGUCAUAAAUAAAUGUAAUGCGAAAAAUUCCCAAUAAGUAUUACAAGGUUAACGUUAGCAUUUCCAAAUGAUAAUUAAAGUUGAUUUUAUAGGAUUAAUAAUGUGAUUAAGGAGAAUUUUUCCGGAAAUUUCAUUCAGGAGCAGAGCUUCUAAAGACUUCCAGUAUUUCCAAGAAAUAAACAUUCUGUCAACAAAAA